CAGGGGGGCUCUAUGGAGAAGGUGAGGGUCAGACCUGGGAUAAAGAGUUCCAGUGUAAAGGCAAAGAGUCCCUUCUCCUGGACUGUGACACCUCAGACAGAGAAAACAACACCUGUCUACCUGGUAAUGCUGUUGGACUCACCUGCUCAGAGCCUGAUGAUGUGGGCUGGUGGGAGGAGGCAGUCGCUGUGCUGGUGGAGUGGAGCGGUACGACCAGGGAGAGUGGAGGACUGUGGGAGCUGAAGACAGGAACCAGAGGGAUGUAGCUGCAGUAGUGUGUAGACAGCUGGGUUGUGGCUCCACUGUUUCAGUUCUACCUGGAAACACCACUGGAGGGUUUGGAGUUGACUGUCAUGGGGAUGAGCCUGUACUGAAGGAGUGUAGGAGAAUGUAUGAUCUCUAUCCUGGACUCACAGUGAUCUGCUCAGAUCUCCUGGUCCAGCCUGAUAUCUCCCUGACUGACUCAAUGGGAGGGGUCUCCAGGGGCCACCAGGGGCCCGAGGUGUUCAGGGGCUACAGCUUCACCAUCACCUGCUCCACUCAGCCACAGUACCCAGGAGGCUCCUUCCUCCUCACGUUCACCGGCUCCAACAGAACCCAGACCCAGCCAGCUGUCAAUCACUCUGCUGCCUUCCUCUUCCCUGCUGCAGAUGACUCCCACCAAGGGAACUACAGAUGUGUUUAUGACAAUUAUGUUUUCUCUCAUGACUUCUCCUCUGAGAGUGAGCUCCUCUCCCUCACCAUCACAGCCUCUCCUCUGCCAGCCUUCAUCAUCAGACACGUUGUAGUGCUGCUGAUCCUACUGACAGCCAUCACCACCUCCUACCUGUACUACAAGCCCACCAGGAGGCAGAAGAGAGUGAACAGGGUGAGCAGCAUGGAUCUUUAUGUCAAUGCCAUGGAGAUGGCCUCUCUGAGCUCCAGAGCUGAAGCUGGACCGGGAGAGGAGAGAGCAGCCCAGGGGACGGAGUAGGAGUAGAAUGAAGCUGACCCUACAUGCUGAUCUUAGGUCAGUUUUGUGUUUUAAAUGGAUGGUCAGCAGUGGACUGGUGUUUAAAAUGUGGUGACAAACCUGAAGUGGUUCUAAUUUUAAUAACAAGUUCAGAAUUAGUUUAUCUUUCUAGAACCUUGGAAGA